GCUUCAUUUAACUUGUCUCAGUAUCACUUGUGGGUCCAUAUCACAGCUACAUUCAAGGUUCAUGGAGCAUCACUGAGGUGGUUUUUUGGCCAAGUCAAAUACUGAAAUGGAUGAAGGCAACAUCAGGAAGAGGAAGGAGUCACAGAAUGGUUCCACUGGCCACAGCAUGGACUGUCAGGCUAAAGAUAAGCAGCCUGUGAAGGCUACUGUGCUUCAAAAAGAUGUUGGUCUGUUAAGUGGCAUCUGUCUGAUUGUGGGGACAAUGAUUGGCUCGGGCAUCUUCAUUUCCCCUAAGGCUGUUCUGCUGUACUCUGGAGCUGUGGGACCCUGUCUCCUCAUCUGGGCUGCCUGUGGUGUGUUAUCCACUCUGGGAGCACUGUGCUACGCUGAGCUUGGAACCAUGAUCACCAAAUCUGGAGGAGAGUAUUCAUAUUUAAUGGAGGCUUUUGGCUCCCUUGUAGCCUACCUUUAUUCCUGGACCACUGUCAUGGUGCUGAAGCCUUCCUCCUUUGCCAUCAUCACACUGAGCUUUGCAGAAUAUGCCUCUACACCUUUCUACCCCGGCUGUACUCCUCCUAUUGUUGUUACCAAGUGUCUGUCAGCAGCAGCUAUAUUGUUGAUCGUAGGUGUCAACUGUUUGAGUGUCAAACUGGCAAGUUACGUGCAGAACUUCUUCACUGCAGCCAAACUGUUCAUCAUUCUUGUCAUAGUGGGAGCUGGCAUCGUAAUGCUGGCACAAGGAAAAACUGAGACUUUGUCAAAUGCAUUUGAUGGCACACCAUCGUCUGUUGGAGCAAUCGGACUUGCAUUUUAUAAUGGGCUUUGGGCUUAUGAUGGAUGGAAUCAACUGAAUUUCAUCACAGAAGAGCUGAAAGACCCAUUCAGGAACUUGCCACUGGCCAUCCUCAUUGGGAUCCCUUUGGUAUCUGUGUGCUAUGUGUUGGUCAACGUUGCUUACUUCACUGUUAUGACCACCACUGAACUGCUGCUGUCUCCAGCUGUUGCCGUGACAUUUGGAGACAGAGUCCUUUACCCUCUGUCGUGGAUUGUUCCCCUCUUUGUUGUCUUCUCUACAUUCGGCUCUGCCAAUGGAAGCUGCUUCACCGCUGGCAGAUUGGCCUACGUGUCAGGUAGAGAGGGUCACAUGGUGAAAAUCCUUUCCUAUAUUAGUCUGAAGCGAUACACUCCAUCCCCUGCUCUCAUAUUCAAUGGUGUUUUGUCUAUUUUCUACAUCAUCCCAGCAGACAUCAACACCCUCAUUAACUACUUUAGCUUUGCUCAGUGGGUGUUUUACGGUCUGACAGCGCUGUCUCUCAUAGUCAUGCGCUUCACCAGGAAGGAGCUCCAUAGACCAGUAAAGGUGCCGAUUGUCAUAGCAGGCCUAAUGGUCCUGGUGUCCUGCUACUUAGUCCUGGCUCCCAUCAUUGAUAAGCCAGAUCUGGAGUACCUCUACUGUACUAUCUUCAUCUUCAGUGGACUUCUCUUCUACUACCCUUUCAUCUACCGGAGGGUCAACUGGGCACGCAAACUCAUGAGACCCAUCACCAUGCAUCUCCAGCUGCUGAUGGAAGUAGUGCCUCCUGAGAAAACUGAAUGAGAGGAGAGAAAUCUGGUCAGGUCCACUCCUGCCACUUGAUGUGAAACACACCAAGCCCAGUUUUGGAAACAAUGGGCUCGAAAUUUGUUGCCAGAGUGAAUCUGAGACAAACAUCAGAGCUCACCUCAGUUUUAGCUGCAUGACAAAAGUAAAAGGGGGAUUCACUGUGUUCACAAACCUGUGUACAAGAUGAAAUCAUUUGUCAUUUGGGUUCAGGGAUGAAAAAAGAGAAUCCAUUUUUGGUGUGUGUCCUAUAAGAAUAGUUACAGUAAUGUUAAAAUUAAGGCGUAGGAGAGCUGGAUUAACCAUUUUGUCAUGAAGAAAUAAAUUACUUACAAAAACCUGAUGUUAGGUAGGAUAUUACUUUAAGAUACACAACUUUUUUAAAUGAAUUUAACCGGCAAUCAUAUUAAACCUUUCUUUGUGUAGUUAAUGUGCAACAAUGUUUUUACUGGGCCAAAGACCAUGUGAUGUAGAGCUGCUGGAGGAUUUGCAUAGAACUACACAAACGCAAAUGGAUUGUGGAAAACAACAUGAAGGCUCAGCAGAUCAUGCAACAAGAAACGUGUUUAUUUAUGUUGCUCCUGAGGAUGUGAACUGAAACAUCAGAGUUUCUUUAAUGAUGUUUGCACGUUGUUUAAUAUUAUGCUCUCACUCUUGUCUUUAAUGCUGGAAUUUACUGGAACAGUGCUGUAUUGUAUUAGCUGGUGGUUAUUAAAUGUAUCAAUCUAGUUGAGCAUAAAGUGGUCAUAAGAAAUAAACAAUUUGUGAUU